AUGUUAGAACAAACGUUGAAAAAAAAUAUAAAAAUUCUAUAAGAAUUACUAUUCCACUUAAAUGAAUGGAGGCUCUUUGAAGCACUUUUGACUAUCUAAAGUCUUAAAUAAAUAUAAAUUCAGUCAAUGUUUUGUAAAAUGCAGGCAAGAAACUGAAAAAUUUAAUUAUUGUAUUCAAAGUUGUAUAUUUUUGUUAAUCACUGUAAAUGGCACAGCCUCUUCAUUCCUUGAUUAUUCGUCGUUUUAUUAGCGUAUAUGCGAAAAUAUGGAGAUGAGCAGGUAGAUAUGCUUUUGAGUGAGUGUCAGUGUGUGUUGCUAAGGCGUUGAUGGCGAUUGGAAUUUAUUCAUAAGCACACAGGCACAUACCUACUUAUUUACAUACAAACCUGCAGUUAGUAUAGGCUGAGGCGCUCAUUUAGUCUUAGCGCGCAGCUAAUGAUCAGCGACUUGGCAGUUCGCUCGUUUAUCUUAAAGUCAGUGAAUCGCAUUUAUUCUGUAAUUGAUCGCAAGUCUAGCUGGUUGACAAAUCGGGUUGUGUCGCUAAUACGAACUAUGAAAAGGACGUAGCGUCAUCAGACAUUGAACGGUAUACAUUCAUACAUACAUAUAUACUUGUAUAUCUACAGCACGUCGGUAAAUAUUGCAUACGCCAGCAAACUAUGACAAUCUCACAGCGAUACAAAGUGAGAUGAGUUGAAGCAUUUUUUUUAUUAUCCACUGUGAUUAUCAUAAUGCUGGAUAAAUACAUAAAUCUACUAUUGCCAUGCAGUCUGGGAUUGAUAUGGAUUUGGCUGACUGAUUCAACGGAUGCCUUAAUGAACUACACGGCAAAACCUCGUGUAGUCCUUCCACCUAAUUAUGUCAAGGAAAUGAGACCACCUUCCAAGAAAGGCUCUCCAGUGAUAGUAGACUUUAGCAUAUUUGUUGUAGAUAUUAACUCAAUCAAUGUAGAGGAUAUGGACUUUAGGGUAGAUAUGUUUAUACAUCAACGUUGGAACGAAUCACGGCUCGAAGUCUCCGAUGAUAUAUUCGAGGAGGGCGAUGAUUAUGUGACACUACUUCCAGAAUUCUUCGAUAAUCUUUGGCAACCGGAUCCAUAUUUUUUGAAUUCGAAAAUUGCCGAGAUAGCAACGCUAACGCACAAAUUCACUUCAGUGACUUUAUAUAAAAAUAAAACGGUACGCUAUGCGGCGCGAAUGCAUGCGAUCAUCGCCUGUCAAAUGGAAUUCCAACUCUAUCCGAUGGAUAUACAGGUGUGCCCUAUAUACAUAGAAAGCUUCUCAUCGAAUAAUCAAAAAGUGAAAUUACGUUGGUCCGACUCUGGCGUCACUUUGAAUCCCGAGCUCAAAUUGCUGCAAUACAACCUUGGCCAACCGCUCGAGCUGGAGGAGAGUGACGGCUAUAUGCCCGAGAAGGUUGGCAAUUUUUCACGUCUAACAGUUUAUUUCCGAUUUGAGCGGCAAAUCGGACAUCAUCUCAUACAGACAUUUGCGCCGUCAUCGCUCGUCGUAAUGCUGUCCUGGUUUAGUUUUUGGUUAGGACUCGAUGCCAUACCGGGUCGUGUAACGUUGUUGGUCACAUGCAUGUUAACUUUAGUCACCAUGUUCACCGGUCUUAGAGCGGAUAUACCGCCAGUUGCCUAUGUGAAGGCUCUUGACCUAUGGAUGGCCGGUUGUAUGGUGUCUGUAUUUGCAGCUUUGGCGGAAUUUGUUGUUGUGAAGGUGCUGGAUGUUCAAUACCAGUAUCAAGUGAAUAAAAUACCGAAAGUGUUGCCAAUGCGCAUAAGCAACAUGGAAAAGGGUCAAUGUGCAACGGUGGCCAGCUGGGAAGGCGGUGCUGUGCGUUCACGCAAAUCCACACAAACACCAACAACGCCAGGACAGACUUCACUGCAGGGCAACGGCGGCCCACCGAAGCCGGCGCGUCGACAAAGUCUUCUGUCGGUGGCCUGGACCGACACCGACACGGGUGUGGAGAAGAUAAUGUGGCGCGAAAUCGAUAAAGUAUCACGCGCCGUAUUUCCCAUAUUAUUUUUCGUUUUCGUGCUACUCUAUUGGCCCAUAUUGCUUAUGAAGUCAUCCUAGGAUUUACGGAGUUCCAGAAUACCAAAUUCUGGACUCCGCUGAAACCAUAAUGCCCAUAUACAUAUACUUGUAUGUAUUGCAUCGGCGCACACAAACAAAGCAAAAUAUUUACUUACAUACAUAUGUACACACAUAUAUUUGUAUGCAUUUGUAUUUAGUACGAGAAUAUGAAACAACAAACACAUGCUCGCAAACGCAAAAUAGUAGUUAGUGAAUAUAUGCUACAAAUAAGUAAUGAGUUUUUAGAUGAAUUAACAAAUAAUAUAAUAAACAAAGAACAUAUUUUAAUUGAAAACUUGAAUUUUUAAAGAAGUACCGUUUACUUUUAAAUUGGAAUGUGAAUGCUUUUCUGCGCUGCAUUUUGUGUAAAAUUAAAUACGAAAUAAAUAUGUUGCAUAGUGUAGACGCGAUUUACUCUUUUUUACAUAUGUAUGUAUGCUGAAAUAAUAAAUUGUAUAAAAUUUAUGAAACUAUGUAGAUAAACAUGUAAUAACAGCGCCUUUAA